ACUGUGUUAAGCAUUUCCCUGCUCUCUUCUUUAUCCAUAUCACAGAUAAGCUAUGUAGAACUAGAGCAGUUUAAAUACUAUGAAAUAUUAUCAUUGAAAAUGAAAUUGUACGAAAACUUUAAAGCGGAAUCUUAUCGUGGGAAAACGACAAUUACUGUAAAAUUUCGGGCAUUCAACAAAAAUUUCGAGCUGAACCUGCGAGAAGACAAUUCAAUAACAUCUCCGAGCAGCAAAGUCUUCAUUGUUGGGCAAGAAAUUAUCAAAUUAUAUCUAAAGAAUGUCGCGGGGUCUUCCAUUUACGAAGGAAACGUUUCGGGAGCUGAGCAAUCUGUCGUAAACGGAUAUCUGCACCAAAACGGAUUUAUUGGUAAAAUUAAAUUAAAUAAUGAAAUAUAUUACACCGAAACUGCCUCUACGUAUUUGAAGGAUGCAAUUUAUAAAGACAAAUUGAUAAUUUAUAAAGAAGUUGACAUAUUACCUAUAGAAUACGGAAGCUUGAAUGGGAGUGCAUUUUGUAGUACUCCUCUACUAAAUAAUUCAGUAUCAACGAACUUAUUCGAUUAUAACAAGAUCUGGAGGUCAGACUUUUUCCAAAAAUCUGCAAUUAAUAAAGAGAAAAAAUUAAUUUGCAAUCUGGAAAUCAUGGCAGAUCAUACUUUUGUAAACCAUUUUAAUGGUGAUCGGGCAACCAUUCUUGCUGAAAUGUUUUAUUACGUGAAAGUGGCAGACAAAAUUUUUCGAAAUUUACAUUUGGAUAAGAGUGAUUUAUAUAAAAUAAUCGGCUUCAAUGUAGAGAAAAUCACAAUUAUAGAAGAUGCGUCGAAUCCUUACUAUCAUCUGAAUUUUAAUAACACUGAUGAUACAGAGUUUUUGUUUUUUUUGGGAAUGACUGCGAAACAAACUUCGUGUUUAUUUGUGAACUUCUCUCACAGAGAUUUUGGUGUAGUACUUGGAAAUACGUACGUAGGAGGAGUUUGUUCUGGAAGCACGGAAGAUUUUAGUCUCAACGUAAUCUCUAUAACUAAUUUUCAACGUAAUAUUACACUAUCAAAACAUAUUGUCAGUUUAACAUUGGUUCAUGAAAUAGGCCAUACAUUCGGAAGUGAUCACGAUCCACCAAAUGACACUGUGUGUACACCCGGCAAAUUUAAUCAUACUAUAGGAAAUUACAUUAUGUACGAAGCUCUGGAAACGCCUAAAAUAUUGUACAAUCACUUGAAGUUCUCACCUUGUAGCGAAAGAAGUAUGUACGAUAAUCUAUUUGUAAAUAACAAAGCCAUUUGCAUGACGAAGCCAAAGUCAAUAUGUGGUAACGGAAUAACAGAACAAGGAGAAGAAUGCGACUGCGGAAGUAUUGAAUCCUGCGAAAAAUUGGAUCCGUGUUGUAAUCCACCAGGAUCACGCGCACCGUGUACACUCCUCAAACAAUCGCGAAACUUUUGUAGUCCGCGGGAAGGCGAUUGCUGCAACGAGAAGUGCGAAUUUUUUGCGAAAGUGGAACAACGCCAAUGUUUCGUGUACACUCCUUGCCGUGAAAAAAUUCUCUACUGCAAUGGAUUGUCGCCAUUCUGCCCGGAGGUGAUUUUACCAGACGGAACAUUGUGUUCGGGUCCUAAUAUCUGUAAAUCUGGCAGUUGUCUCGUGGAUGUUUGCAAAGAUAACGGAUUACAAUUAUGUAAAUGUCCAAAAAGCUUAGAAUGUCAGAUUUGCUGCGCGGAUAAGGAAGGUAAUUGCAAAUCGACAUCAGACCGGAAGAUUUUUCUACCAAAUAGAACAAUAUUCGCCGUAUUUCCAGGGACGCCUUGUAACAACAAUAGUGGAAAGUGCUUAGUGGAUGGAACGUGCUAUUCCAAAUAUAUUCCUGAAAAUUGGUGGAAUACCUUCUGGCCAUAUUUAUUACCGGUUCCGUCAUUCAUGACUUUCUAUCUUUGCAUGUUUUUGUAUCGAUAUUCCAAAAUGAAAUUAUUGAAUUUUAAAUUUUAAGAAAAGAAUUGUUAAUAAAAAAACGCUUUUACUUCACGUUUUAAAAGCAGUUUUUCAUGAAAUUAGUCUAUAGGGAAAUACUGUUGUUUUAAUGAAAUAUUACUUAAUAAGACACGCUUUACCACACUAAUAUGUGUUACGUCAUACUUUUACAUACCUCUGUUGUUUGAUGAUAAUGUUUUAUGGUGUUUCACGUCAGUCUGACGUGGACUGACGUAGCUCUGUUACUAAUCACAAAUAUUUUUGCUGUUUUUUUUAUGUGAGAUCCACGAGUUUUGGGGGUUGUUUUAACCCAUUUAACUAAAAAAAAAUCUAUGUAAACAUCCGCCGAUAGAAAAACUAUCGAAUAGUUACGGAUCGGAUGUCAUUCCUAUUGUCAGCAAUCAGAUGGAAAAGUCGACACACAGGUGUCAGAAAAUGCACUGUCAUCGGCAACAUGAGCGAUCACGUGACAUUUUCCCGUCACAAGUGAUUAAAAGCUCGUGCCCCAAAAGUUCAGGGCGAUCGAACUAGAAGUUAUACUUGGUAACUGUGCGCAGUCCGUCUCCCGGAUCUCCAUACAACGGACCCAAACCCACGAGAAGACAAGACACCGGAAAAAGACAGAUUACGGUUUCGGACUUCCAUACAGUUUGCCAUAUGAACGAGGACUGCGAUUCCUGCGAAAUUACCGACGCGUACUGUUCGUUUCCUCAUAGAGGUAUUUUUUGUUAACGAUUUGUGUACUCUCUUUCCCUGCCACGGGAAUAGGCUCAGCUAAGAGCUGCCGUUUUGUAUAUAUUUAGUAUUUAAUCGCAUCUAACCUCCUGUAUGUUAACCUUAGAUCUUAAAAGCUUUGUUUAAUUGCUAACUUGUCUCCUGUCUAUCCAAGGACACUUGUCGACUUGUUCACCCUCUCGCCAAUCGCUAAAAAACCACCCAAAAGACAAAGUGGGCGAGUUUUACCAACUCGACGUGUAAGAGACAAUUAGGAAUUGACCCUGAGCCUUCGUAUUCUCACAUAUAAAUAAUGUUUUAUAGUGUUUUUAUUCUUUUAUUGACUGAGUACUGUGAAACAGUUACAUUUCCUCAC